AAAAGAGGAAGGAAUAUGGUUUCAUCUGACGCUCCUCCCGUUUCAGCGCGGCUGUAGCGGAUCUGUAAGGCGAGCAGGAGAUUCAAACCCCCCUCUAUACCUGGAACAAUCACCUUCCCCGUGAACCUACCAUCCUGCAGGAGCACAAACUGCACACCGGGAGACAUAAAUGGUGGAGGCCGUGGUGGAGUUCGACUAUGAGGCUCAGCAGGACGAUGAGUUGAGCCUGACGGUGGGCGACAUCAUCGUUAACAUACGGCGGGACGAUGGAGGAUGGUGGGAAGGCGAGCUGGGCGGACGCAGGGGGCUUUUCCCCGAUAACUUUGUCAGGGAGAUAAAGAAAGAGUCGAAGAGGGAUGGAGGACAGGCGAGCAUGAUUAGAUCGGAGCUUUCCAACGGGAGGGCCAGCCCUGUGUCUGACCCCGGCGUACGACCAGGGAGGAAAGGUGAUCAGAUCCGUAAACGGAGAUGUAAAGCAGCGUUCAGCUACGUGCCUCAGCAUGAAGACGAGUUAGAGCUGAAAAUAGGAGACAUCAUCGAGAUCAUCGCAGAGGUAGAGGAGGGCUGGUGGGAAGGGUCUCUAAAUGGGAAAAUUGGAAUGUUUCCCUCUAAUUUCACCAAAGAGAUCCUGACCGAAUCAGAGACACCAUCGUUAGACACGUCGCAAGAGGAGCUCCGCAGCGGCCGCACUAAUAAGGACAGUCCGGGCAGUGAGAGCGAUGGAGCAGACAGCCGGUCAGAGACAGGAUCAGGAGAGAUUCAGCCCAAGAAGGUGCGAGGGUUUGGCUUUGGCGACAUCUUCAAGGACCAGCCCAUUAAGCUCAGGCCUCGCUCCAUGGACAUUGACUCAGAGGGUGACAAGGUCAACGAGAAAGCAGCGAGCGGGACUUCUGAAAGCAUGAAGACUGAACCAGACAGCAAAUCUAAAGGACGGGAGCAAUGCAAAGUCCUCUUUCCAUAUGAAGCACAAAACGAAGACGAGCUGUCGCUCAAAGAGGGAGAGAUCAUCAACAUUAUCACUAAGGACUGUGCAGAUGCAGGCUGGUGGAUGGGUGAGAUUGGGGGAAGGCAAGGUGUUUUUCCAGAUAACUUUGUCAAGCUGCUAGAACCGGAGAAAGAGAGACCAAAGAAGCCCCCUCCUCCUAGUGCACCCUCAGCUAAACACAACGCAGAGAAAAAGUCAGAGAUGAAGAAAGUUCCCCCAGAGCGACCUGAACACCUGCCUCAGAGAGACCAGGAUCGAGGUGAAGAGGUGAAGUUUGGAGACAUCCCAAAGCCUUCCCUCCCAUCCAUCCUCCCCAAGAAACCCCUCCCCCCAAAGACAAGCUCCUCUUCCUCCUCACAGCCCCCGCGGCGUCCUGAGAGACCGCCCUCUAUAGCGUGUGAAAGCCCCAAGUGUGAGGGCGGGGCUUCGACAACAGAUUCUGCCCCUGACAGAUCACAUGACACCGAAAUCGACCUGGACGCCGUGGUGUCAUCGUCAGAGAAGCUGAGUCAUCCAACGGCAUCGAGGCCACGAGUCACAGACCGCCGACCUCGCUCACAGAUCAUCACAACAUCUUCCUUGUCCAGUACUGAAAUAGACUCUCCUGCUGUAGAGGACAGAAGAGACAAAGGGAAGGAGGAGCUAGAUUCUGUCACCCUCAGACCUGUGGAGGUUUCGCUGAGGAAAGGACUUCACAACAUCUCUGCACCCGACAGUAAAGCACCACUGCCCGCCAAACCCUCUGUCCUAACCCCGCCAAACUCCAACCAGCGCCCCGUGUCCCCGUCUUCCUCUUCGGGCCUGACCCCCUCCCCAGAGCUCCGACAUUCACCACUGACCCCCCCAACACUGGAGGAACUCAGGAACCAGCUGAGAGACUUGAGGUCCUCUGUAGAACUGCUGAAGAGCCAGCACAGGCAGGAGAUGAAGCAUUUGUCAAAUGCGUUAGAUGAAGAGAAGAAGAUUCGUCUAAGUUUACAGAUGGAAGUAGAGCACAUAAAGAAGAGCCUGUCAAAAUGAAGAAGAUAUCAUCAUCAUCAUCAUCAUCAUCAUCAUUGCACUCUGAUCGCCACAUCAGAAGCCAACAUUUGAAAACAUUCUCACUGUUGGUCUGACAAAAACAGCCAAAACAAAGUUUGUGCCAAACGAUCGUCACGAUCAACAUCAGCAGCAACACAUCAGUAUGGAAACAGCCACCUUCCCCUCCCCCAACGCCGCCUUAUCCUGUGUUUACUUUCUUUCUUUUUCUCUAUAAGAGGCUUCUCUGUUUAAGUUUACUGCUAUCUUUGUUCAUGCUUGUUGUGCCACUGGUACUGACUGACCGAGGCCCGUCAACCUCACCGGUACUUUUUAUGUCCAAAUAUGAAGGAAUCUCGGAAAUCGACCUUCGUAGCCCGGUUGGUUCAGACGACCUCUGUGCUGUUCUGUGUCCACUCUGUGGCCUUUGCCUCAUAUCUUUGUGUGCGUGUGGGUGCGUUUUUACUUUUCCAGAAUGGAGUUUCAAACCAACAUAACAAGGACCUUUUUGAAAACUAGAUUAUUUAGACCGAUUCUGACCUUUCAUUGUGAGGUUAGGAUUUUGGUUGAUUAAAAAUAACACCUGAAGGCACAUCAUGUUUCUAUGGUACGCUGCAGGCGGGUGAUUUUGAAGCAUCCAUCAUGCGCCCCACAAGCAUUGGAUUUACCUGCAGCUCUUUUUUUUAGUGUCAUUAGUUUAAAUUUGUUAAGUAUUUUAGCUGUUUGAAGGUUAAACUUAAAAGCACACCCGUAUUAUUUUGAUAAAGAUUUAUCAAUGUGAGAAAUUAUAGCCAACUGCAAAGGCUGUAUUGAAGAAACUGUUGACUUUUAGGUAAAUCUAGUUGUUGUUCUUGGGAGAUUAUUAACAAAAUGUUUAUUGCACACGAAUUACAGAGCUACUGAUUGCACUGAAGUAGCUUAGCAAAACAGACUGGGAAUAGAAAGAAAUGGCUCUGUCCAAGAAUUAUUAAAUUGCCAGCCAGUGCCCAUGAUCCUUUGUUAGCUUAAUCCAGUGGUUCUCAACUAGUCCAGCCUCAGGACCCACCAGUCUCUCUUACAACAAAUUUCAACCCACAUUCACAGAAAUAUUUAGGCCUAUUCUUAAGAUUUAUAUAUUUCAAUUGCAUAUAAAAUUUCCACCCAUUUGAAUUACUUAGAUUAAACAUAAAUAGGCCAAUGAAGUUUAUGUGCUGCAUAUUAAAUACAUAUACUCGUUCUUAAGUAUUUGAAACAACUUGGAUUUAUCAACAAUGAAUACAUAAAUCUGUUAUUAUUUAUUCAAAACACAUUGGGUUUAUUGGUAUUAUUACAUAAAUGUCAUUCUUUAUUGUUUCAUUUACAUUAGAGUGACAAAUAUGCAGCACAUAAAGUUUAUUGUAAUUCAAAUGGAUGGAAAUUUUAUAUGCAAUUGAAAUACAUAAAUCUCAAUUCAUUUGUGUAGUGAGUAGCCCUCUUAAAAAUGUAAAUCCUUUAGUUAAAAACAGAAUUAAAAUACCUUAAAAA